AUGGCUGAAAUUGCUUUGGUUGCUGGGCUUUCUGCCGCCUGUGGAGCAGCGGGAACCGCUGCAGGUGUCGGGAUUGCUGCUAAACUUUUAAAGGGUGACCCUGUCGACACCACGCUCAUUCUUCAAUUCUUAGAUGGUGGAUUCAGCGAGGAUGAAACCAAGAAUUUCCAGUCCAGGCUCCAAAAUGAUUCAAGAUUCCGACAGAUCGCCCUUGCAUUACAGAACGACUUUGAAGAACAAUCACGCACACCUGAUGGAGCACAAACUGCUGGACCCAAGGCCAAGCGCUUAGAGAUGGCAUUGAGGCACAAGCCUGUACGAUCAGCACAGGGUGUGGCAGGGAAACAAGGAGCCGCAUCUGAGCGACAACUUAAAGAUGAGCAAGGUCGUGGCACUCAGAAAACCCCAGCACUUGUAGCAUCCCAAGAGCGACGUGGCACUCAGAAACCUCAAGGACUUAUGGCACACCAGGAGCGACGUGGCCCACAAGGCCAAAGUAGUAAUGCUCGGGGCCAGACCUUACGUCUGAGAAGACAUGGAAAGGUUGAAUGA